AUGGCCAAGCCCAAGAGGACCAAAAUGGAGGGGGCUCAGACAGACCAAGUGAACACGCGCUGUGCCAAGACAAAUAGCUCACGCCUCACGAAGUUGAUGCUGCCGAUGCCGGCCGAGACCGUCACAGCCCCAGAGUCGAGGUUGAAUUGGAGCGGACGAAAGGGGCCGGCAGACAAACAGCACAAGAGUCGCCCUCAGCCAGCCUUUUCAGGGACAAACCGUACUCCCCGAGCGCCCACCCUUAAUUUGACCGGGCCAACGGUGUCUUGGCUCAGGGCCGGUCAGUCCCAGAGUGAUCCCGCACCAGACACAUUAACUUCGGCCGCCCAUGCAUCGUGA